AUGGCGGUAAACAAUGAAAUUCCGUGUGAUCUUCACCCCGUGAUCCUCGAAAGACUCCCGUCACAAUCCCUAAUAAACUUCCUCACCGUCGAUAAAUCAUGGUAUUCUUUAAUCACAAACCCUAAAUUCAUCGCUUCUCACCUCCACCACCACAAAUCACUAUCUCUCCACCGCCCUAACCACCCUUUGCUCCUCCGCAAAGGCUACUCCAAGUACGAUCUUUUCCGCUACGGGAACCCCUCAUCCCGGCGCACCGUAAUCCCUAAUCCGCCCAAAGGGUUUGACACCGUGGCCGCCACCUGCGACGGGGUAGUAUGCAUGUCCGAUUCAACGCAUCAAAACCUCCUCCUUUGGAACCCAUCUAUGUAUAAAACGCGAAAAAUCAAACCCUCGCCGGUUUUACACAACUCCAAAUCUGUUGCUGUUGCUGGACUUGGGUACAAUUCUUUAGGAAAUAAUUACAAACUGGUUUUGAUUAAUUAUGAAGAAAUGAAUGUGUGGACUCCUCCCGAGAUUCUGCAUUCUGCUCACGUCUACUCUUUUAACGGCGGAGGUGGUGGUGGAGAAGGAAGUCCAGAUUGGAAGAGGGUUUCCCUUCCUGAUACUUUUCCGUUUAACAAUAAUCUUACGCGUAUUUCAGAAAGUUGCUUUGUGAAUGACAUGAUACAUUGGAUUGUUUUUCGUGGCAGAGUAGAUCCUAUGAACAACGAUGGGAUGGGAUUUGAGGAGGUUGAUUCUUCGAUAUUAACAUUCGAUCCUAAACAUGAUUGUUUUGGUGAGAUUAAGUUGCCCAGGGAGUUGGCUGAGGCGGUUAGUCCCGAGUUGCAUCUUGCUGUGAUUGGUGAAUCGAUCGUCGUUGUUCAUAUUUACAAGGAUAGAGCAGCAAUUUGGAGGAUGGAAGAGUAUGGUGUGCAGGAGUCAUGGAAAGUGUUGUAUCGGAUUAAGUUGUCGUCUGUUACGAAUAAACAAGUGUGGGCUAAAGAGGAUGGUAAGGUUUAUAUCAUAACAAGUUCGGGAAAACUGAUAGUAUUAUUCAAUGUUAAUAAGAGUAGUGGGAGUUCUGGUGUUUUUGUUGGUGCUGUUGGCAUGAUUGGUGGCAAAGUGUUUGGCUGUACCGAAAGCUUAGUCAUGUUCAGAUGA